AUGAAUUAAUAAUCAUUGUUAGUAGAUAAGAGUUUAAUUUAUCGUUUGUUUGAAAAGGACAACAUAAUAGGAAAGGGCAAAGAUAUCAUUUAUGGAACAACUUCUAGCAUUUACAAAUUGAAAAAAAAUAAUAAUGUAACUCCAGAUUUUGAUGAAGAUUGGGGAUGGCAUGCUCUCUAAAUUUAUGAAAAUCUUAAUCAAGAAGUAUUUGAAGCAAAGGUACUUCAAUUAUAGAAAGCUAUGACUACAUAUUUAAAUCCAUAUUCAACAAGAAUUAUUUUAAUUGGAAAAGAAUAAGUACAUUAAAUGUCAUUUAAUUUGCAUGUUGUCUAUGAAAUUGGAUAGAUUAAUGAUGACCUUAAAAGCAUAAGGGAUUAGAAAGAAGGUCUAAAUUAUGAAGAAGCAGAAAAUUUAUUAAUAUUCUUAUGUCACAAUUACAUGUUGGGUGCACAAUUUACAAAUGAAUUUUUAGAUAUUAGUCCUUAAAACAUUUAUAAAACUAAUUAAUCCUAUAUAGUAUCUAAUUUUGGAAUAACAUAUGCUGGAACCAAAUUUCAUAGAAUAUAUUUACCUACUACAGAUCCAAUUAUAAAAGAGAAAAAGCCAACUUAAAUUAAUAUAUUGUAUUCUUAUGCUUUUAGAUCAGGAUUGUUAUUAUUGACUUAAAUGACAUAAAUAGAUCCUAAAGAUUUCUUUUUUGGAGAUGGCUAAUUUAAAGAACAACUUUUAGAUAAUUUAUUAUACCUAAUAUAAGAUGGAGAUGAGAAAGAUAAAAGAAAAGAUAAAAAAUUUAUUACACAAAUCCCUUAGUUUUUUGAUACUUUGAGUCAUACUAGAGAGUAAGAUUAUAAUGAAUAAAAGAAUUAAAAUAAUGGAAGACCAUUCCAAUAUGUAAAAUCUUAAAGAUAUCUUUAAUAUAAAUACCCUAAAGAAUUCUUAGAUAUUCUUAAGAAAUUACUUAAUGUUACUAAUAUAUAAAGUAGAUCAAUUUUUUAACUUUUAAUUUCUAAAGAAGAAAACCUACUCAAAGUUCCUUAUCCUUAUACUGAGAACUAGGUAGACAAAUACAAUUACAAGAAUGGGACAAUGGAUGAUUAAUAAUUAAAUGGAUGUGGAAUCAUAUCAAUAGAUAAACGAGAUGAAAAAAUUAAAUAGAAAAAUAUAUAAUUAAUUUUAAUUUGUGGGAGUUUUUAAAGUGGAGAAGUUUCUGAGGUAUUUAAUAUAAUUAGUAUUCACAACAUAAAAUAUGAAUGCAAAAUGUAUUCCUUGUAAUGUUCUUUAGAAUUUCGUUAUAUCUAUAAUGAAAUGUUAUAUUUGACAAAUUCUAUUGUAUCUCCUAUCAAUCCAAUAGGAAAACCCAAAAAAGAAUCAAUAUAUUACUUUUAAGGCCAAGUUGAAGAUUAAUAAUUCAAAAAAGGAAUCUCUUAUCAAAUUGAUAAUACUAUAUUUGAAGGUGAGUUUAAGAAUAAUCAACCAUAUGAAGGUAAGAUGACAUAUCCUAAUUCUGAUAUAUUUGAAGGAAGUAUGGAUGGUUUUAAUAAAAAGGUCGGUAGAUUUAAUAUAAAUGGGAGAAUUUAUGAUGGAUAAUUUUAAAAUGAUUAAUUUUAUAAAGGACAUAUAGAAUAUGAAGAUGGGGGAGUAUUUUAUGGAAAUUUUAAAAAUGGAUAAAAAGGUAUUCAUAAAUCUUGAUUAUUAGUCAAGGCUGGUAUCUAUCAUUAUCCAAACUCAUCAAUUUAUUAUUAAGGAUUUUAUGCUGAAGAUGUAAGACAUGGAAAAGGAUAAUUUAUUGAUAAAUCAAAGGAAAACUGUAUUUAAGAAGUUGUUUACAAUUAUGGAAUGUGUGAAACUAAACUUAUUGAACAUUUUGAGAAUGCCUUAAAAGAAAUUAAAGAAAAAUAACAAUAAUAAAAGAAUCUGAAAAACAAAAAAUAAUAAGAUAAUAAUAAUGAUAAUGAUAAUGAUGAAGAAAUCUAAGAAGAUAUUGAAGAGAAUCCAGGUGAUGAUAAUGAAGAUGGAGAUGAGGGCUGA